UUAACAGUCGCCGGGCCUCCCCUCAGCUGGCAGCUGCAACCCAAAGAGGCUGCACCCACAUUCCCUGGCUGCUCUCCAACCCACAGGAGCGGAGAAAACAGUCCAGUGACUGCGAGGGCUGAGCAGAGGCUGCUGAAGGGGAGGAAGCAGUGAGGAGCCGCCACGCAGAGGCCCCUGUCAGCUCCCAGAUGCUGGACCUUCUGCAGCACACGACCCUCGUGGGCUUGAUCGUAGGCGCGGUGGCGGCCUUGCUGCUGCUGCUGCUGCUGGCCGCCUGCCUGUACUCCAGACAGGAGGAGCCCGACGUGGAGAGGAACCGCCCCACCUCCAGGAGGAACCGCAUCAGGUGGGCCCGGCCGUGGAUCUCCUCAGGCCGGGGCCACCUGGGACAUUUGCACCAUUUCCGUCAUGCUGGCCACGUGUCUCACAUGCCCCAUGCAAACCUCCACCAUCACCAUCACCACCUCGCCCACCACCAUGCCCACCAUCACGCCGCCCACCACGCCGCCCGUGCCCACCGAGGCCGCCACUGAUGCCCGUGCAGGGCAGCCGCUGCCUGCCCUGCCGUCGCCAGACGAGUGGACCUGCCGACGCUCCCACGCAGCAGGGCACCCUCUGCAAUGAACACCGGGUCCUGCUUGGGCUUCGUCCACCUACUACGCCCGGUGUGCUGCAGAGGAGAGCGGAGAAGUGCCAGGGCUGACCCUGCACACACAGGAGGGGGACGGGGCUGAGCGCAGGCGGUGCUGGUGGUCCUUCGGGGACAGACACCACCUUGUGACCUUAACUCCCAAGGGGCACCAGAAUGGACCGCCCGUCCGGUUGGUGCAGGCGUGCUGGUGUGUGCGGAUGGGCAGGUGUGCCCUGCUCUCUCUCAAUGACCAGGCCUCUGGCUGGCAAGGUAGCUGGGAGGGGCCCUGGCAAUGCCCCUGUGUUUGAAGGAGGUCGUGAGGCUGCACAGUCAAGUCAGUGGUGCCUUAAUCCAAGAAAAUAAAAACCAUUAAGAAGCUUUGUGAAGAGGCUCUUGAUUGUAACUCAAGUGGGAGGGAGGGAGCGGCCAGGCCUAUUCCUGCCUUUCCCUGGACCUCCCUCUCUGAUGGGAAGUGAAUGUCUGAGUGGGCCCUGCAGUGGGGGAGACUGGACGACUCUGCUGGGCUCCGUGGACAGUAGCUCCUGCAUCCAAGGAGUCUUGAGCUUAUGUUUUUCAGGACAGCGCUUCUUCCAGAGCUGCCAGUGGAGUUGCCCACGGCUCUUGGAAGCCUGGCCCAAGGCUGAGAAAAGUGACAGAGGCCACUAAAGUCGGAGUAGAGCCAUGUGGGGUGCCCAACGGCCCAGAGCGGGUACCAGCCAGGGCCUCAGACCAGUAUCUCCUUAGAAGACCACAGGGAGAGCAGCCGGAGGAGCAAGCCAUCACCAGCAGCUCCUCGCUUCGGAUGGGGAGCGAGUGAGGUCCAAAACACACCCUGGGCUGCUCAGUGGUCCGUGGCCACACAGGGCCAUGGAAGCAGCAGUGAUCGGGAUGGUGGCUGUGCUCUUUGUGGUCACCGUGGCCAUCACCUGCGUCCUCUGCUGCUUCAGCUGUGACUCAAGGAGCCAGGAUCCUCAGGGGGCCCCACGCCCCAGCUUCACAGUGGCCACGUUUCGCCAGGAGGCUUCCCUCUUCACUGGGCCAGGUCGCCAUGCUCAGCCAGUGGCAGGUGCCCGGGACUUCUGGACCUUCAUGUGAAAUCUACCAGCCCCCAGGAUUUGCUCUUGUUGUUUAGGCGCUCAUUCGUGUCCAACUCUUUGUGACCCCAUGGACGGUAGCCUGCCAGGCUCCUCUGUCCGUGGAAUUCUCCAGGCAAGAAUACUGGAACAGGUAGCCAUUCCAUUCUCCAGGGGAUCUUCUUGACCCAGGGAUUGAACCCAAGUCUCCUGUAUUAGCAGGCGGAUUCUUUACCACUGAGCCACCUGGAAAGCCCAGGAUUUGCUCUGCUGCGGGUCAGACUCCUCUUCCCCCAGCAAGCCUUCUCUGGUGACCCACUCCUCCAGCCUGGCAUUUCUGUCCUGUCCAGCCUGUAUCCAGCAGACUCCUGACUCAUCCUAUUCCGGUUGGCCAUGCCCUCCAGCCUGGGAGAUCUACGGUGAUGGGACCAGUAGGAGUCAGCUCUGACCCCCGAGAGCUCAGCCGGACCCUACCCACAGGGUGGGGCUUACGAGAGGUCGAGAGUGAGUGACCAGGCAAUAUUGGAUGGCAUGGUGGGCCAGCUCCUCUGAUCUACAAGAUGCAGUGAAAUAUCACUGGACUUUAUUGUGAACAGAGUGUUGGUUAUCUCAAGAUGUCCCAGGAUGCCUAUGACGCCGCUGGUUCGAUUGCCACGAGAGGAAGCAGCGCCCUCAAGUGGACAGUUUCAGAAACCACUUUUUAUCUGUUCUGAGAGAGUCAUUCUGCUACUUGCCUGCGCACAUAUUGCAGAGCCCACUUCUGAGACCUGCCUCCUACCUGUUACCUGAAAUCCGCCCUGAAAUUCUGAAACCAAAAGCCUGCUUCCUGGGAACUGGCAAUUCAUUUCACAAUUGAAAAUGCAUAUCCUUUUAUGGGUCUCCCAAGAAUCAGGGUUGGGAAACCACAAAAGGAAACAGAAGAGAAAAAGAGUCACAGAAAGUACCAGACGUUUUAUUAAUAGGAAAGCCAGAAAGAAGACUUUGAAAUGUAUUUGCAUGAGACUUUAUUUCUAUAUUCUUAUGGGUCACUUCUAUUCUUAGAGACUGUGACUUGCAUCACCCAGGAAUGACUGAAAAAUCACCAACUGAAAGGUAAUUUCGAAUAAGUUAAAAUGUUAUAUUAUAUCGACAGUAUGUAACAAAGCUCUUGUUUGCAUCACAAAUAAAGAGAUGUUCUGUUUUUAUUUA